AUGCCGAUUGAUUACAGUAAAUGGGAUAGGCUCGAGCUUUCCGACGACGAUGACUUUGAGUGUCAUCCCAACGUCGAUAAAGCAUCCCUCAUUCGCUGGAAACAAGCAGACAUUCACCGGAAACGAGAGGAGCGUAAACAAAAGAUUGCCGCUCUCCAAGCCGAAAUUGCUCAAAAUGAUGUUCUUCUUGAUCGAAUUAGCGCAAUGAUUUCGCAGGUUGAAUCAGAUGGCGUUUCUGCAUUCCUGAAAACUGUUGAAGAUUUGCGUGAGAUGAACAAGAAAACUGCUGAACAGGAGGCUCAGCGCGAGACCCAGGGGACUGAAGAGAGGAUGCCGUCCUUUGAUGAGAUGAUGGCGGUACUUUGCGAAAAGAUUAAAGCGGAAGUCGAACACGAGAGUGAAGAGAAAGUUGGAGAACAGUUGGUAAGCAAACUAAAGGAACAUAGGGAGAAAUUAGCAGCGAGGACCAAGGAGGUCAAACUGGAAUGGGAGAAGGAAGAAACAGAGGCUCAUAGAAAAAUUACUAUGGACGACAUACACACUGGAUUUGACAAUACGAGAGUGAGCAAGGCUACCAAAACGGACCCACAUAAGACGGCAUCCGUGUCGACAAAUUCUGAAAGGGCUGCCAACAAGUCUAGCUCAGAAGCAGUAACGAAGCCUACAAAGACCAAGUCUCCCAGCUCGAAACCAGCAUCUUCAACAGUUAGUUCGACGGAAGAGGUUGCUGAUGACGAUGAAGGAAUGAUCCCGUCAGACCUUACCAAAGCGUUUGCAAAGGCCAAAGGUUAUGAUGAAAGCUACAAGUUUAUUUCAGAUAAUCCAGAGAUCAUUAAUCAGGAAGCUGUCGACCAAUUGCUUGCAGAAGCGUUCCAGGCUCAGCUAAAGAAAAAGACAAAGUAUGCUAAACAGUGCGUACAUCAAGGUUGGCUCAUUCAAUACUGCCAAAAACUAGGUCCGGAUGGUGUAAGACUGUUCUUCAGGAGAAUAACGACAAUGGAAAGUGCCCGUGAAGUAUUUGAAAAAGAUGUUAAGGAUACUUAUGAGCAUAUCUGUAAGCGCUGUGAAGUAAUCGAGAAGGAAAAGGAGAGCCAGCCACAAGUCGAACAAAUCCAAAUAGAAAUGACAGGUCCUGGCAAUACUCUCAGUGUUCACAUACCAGACGAAAAUUCUGACGAUCCAGCCGAGGUAUCACGAUUUAGAAAUUUCAUGACCUUGUCUGAAGAUAUGCGUGAAGCGCUCAAGACAGGUGAAUUAGAAAAGAUCAACAAGGUUCUUGGAAGUCUGCCAGUGUCUGAGGCCGAAAAGAUACUGGAGAUUUGUAAUCAGAGUGAGGUACUGAGAGUUGAGCCUGGUAUAAUUGACACUACUAAAGGGGAAACUAUUCCCACCAGGGAGAUGAUGGAAGAUAAUGAUGGGCAAGAUGGGCAAGAUGUGCAAGAUGUGGAAGGGAGCCAGGAAGAUAUGAUAGACGAAUAA